CUCUUGUGUAGUUGCUCCAUCUCAUGCCCAAUCUAGCCAUGUUUCUCACGCAAAGACAGCUGCAGGGUGUAUAAAAGCCUGAGAAACUGACCUUCAGUACAGACUGAUCCAGCACAGACAGAAUGGCUGAUAAAAAAGUAUUGAUUGUGUACGCGCACCAAAGCGCUGGUUCCUUCAACGCAGCAGUGCGGGACGUGGCCAUUAAGGAGCUAUCAGAACAAGGCUACCAGGUUAUCGUGUCAGACCUUUAUGCUAUGAACUUCAAAGCCAACGCCACAAGGGAUGACAUAAUUGGUGAUUUAAAGAACCCAGACCUUUUCCAGUAUGGAGAGGAGACAAUGCAUGCUUGGAAUGACGGUCGCCUCAGUGACGACAUUAUGGCCGAACAGCGCAAAGUGGAAGAGGCUGAACUUGUUAUUUUCCAGUUUCCGAUGUACUGGUUCAGUGUACCGGCGAUCAUGAAGGGAUGGAUGGACAGAGUGCUGACUCAGGGGUUUGCUUUUUCCCUGAAAAAUAUGUACGAUAACGGUAUUUUCAAGAACAAGAAAGCAAUGCUGUCCUUUACAACUGCAGCUACAGAAUCAAUGUUUCGUCCCAAUGGCAUCAAUGGCGACAUUAACAUUGCAUUAUGGCCUCUACAGAAUGGCACUUUGCACUUCUGUGGAUUUCAGGUCCUUGCUCCUCAGAUUUUCUGGAAUCCAGCUCACCGCCCUAUUGUAGAUCGGACUGCGAUGCUAGAAAAGUGGUCUGCCCGACUUAAAGGACUGAUAGCUGAAAAGUCUCUGACUUAUGCUAAGUGUGAAUGGUUUGGUCUCAGCUUUGAACAGGGGUUUUUGCUCCGGCCAGAGGUGCAGGAGGAACAUGAGUCCAAUGUCUACGGGAUCACCACAGGACAUCAUCUUGGCAAACUACUGCCCCCUGACAACCAGAUCAGAGUUCAGGUCACAGACAAAUAGAGCGUGGCUUAAUUCACAUACUUAUGGCUGUAACUCCCCAAAAAAUGUGCAAAUGAAUGUGGGAAGCAGAAUCACUCGAAUCAGUAGAGAAACUAUUAUUACACUCUUACUACUUGUUCUUAAAUGUAUUUGAUUUAAUAAACAAUUCAUUAAGUUAUAGAUGAAAUUCAAUCAGUAGUCUAAUGAACUGCUUCAAAUUACACACCGACUUUUGACAAAAUGCACAUUUGAAGGAGCCAUAUGUAAGAAUUGCUUUUCAAUAAUUCAUUAAAUGGCCCUAAUAUUUUAAUAGACAUUAAAGGAACAUGUUUUUUGAAAAUAAUUCUAACAUGGUUUUCAACGGUUAGGCCUAGAUUUUCCCAUUUUAAAAGCCGAUAGCCCAUUUUAGAUUCUGUGUUUACAACGGAUAUCCCAAUAUAUUAGUACACCAGUUAGAUCAGUGCUUAGUUUUUGUCCAGGUUACCACAGCUCUCUAGGCUACGUAAUCUAAGGUUGCUACAACUUUCACAAAGUCAAAAUUAACAUCUUCCAAUAGAGCAAAAAAAACAAAACAAAACAAAAAAUCAUUCAGAAGCUCAAACUGAAACUGAAGGAAAAAAUUGACGACAUACUUUAAAAUUUUAUAUAUAUCUUUAAGUAGAAGCAUUGGCUUGACAUUAAUGGUUAUCGGCUAGAAAGAAGAGGAAAUUAUCGAUUAUCUGUAUCGAUUGAAAAAUUGUGUUAUCGUGCAUCACUAGUUGUAAGCUACAUAUGACUUGUACCUCCCUGCACAGCAGGAAUUUUAUUUUAUUACAUACAUUGUGGAAACUUCACCAAAAUAAAGCCAGUGUUGUGAAAAUAA